UAACUACCUUUCCAUCUCUAUGGCGUUUCCAAACAUCGUGACGGAUCCUACUUCGGUUGAUCCUACUUCGGUUGAGGGCUCCACUAUCCAUAUAGCCUCUCCGCCGUUCGACGACCCCCAGGCGGAUGUGAUCAUCCGAACGUCUGACCGCGUCGAGUUCCGCGUCGUCAAGCUCAUUCUCAGGGUGGUCUGUACAGUCUUCGCCGACAUCUUGUCAUUGCCUGUCGCACCUGAUGCAGACCCGAAUGCAGUCGACGUCACCGAGGACAGCGUUGUAAGGACUACGAUCGCUGCCGAUCAGCUCUGGCCGAUGCUCGAAGCGGCCAAGAAAUAUGAUAUGCGGGCUGUGCGGGAAGCAGUGGUGAGGGAGAUGAGACUGCGAGUCUACGCACUCGCAUGUGGCUAUGGAGUCGAAGAUGUCGCUGUCGCAGCGACGAGAGCCAGCCUUCCCCAGUCAUACGAGGAUGGCCCGUAUGUACCCGAGCUGCGAUGCGCAACGCCCGCUGCGUACUUUAGACUGGUCCAAUACCGUCGGGAAUGCGUGAAGGCAGCCGUGUCCUUUGCGGAGGACCCGCAGCUCUUCUUCCGAGAUGGGUGGAAAGACUACGUCAAAGAUUGGCUCCUGCGGUUGGAAUAUGUCAGCGAGCAACAUGAUUUUGUGUGUAGCAGCGGGAGAAACUUUGCGUUGGAAACUUGGACAUGGAACAAUCGGUCGUUCCGUGACGUACUCGAUGAGUACAUGGCACGUUCGACAGAGGCCCUCAAGGUGUUCCCUCAUAGCAGCACGGUCCUAAACCCCAUCUUCAUUGCGACCACAGUACAUGCCGCCUCAAAAUGUAUCGCUUGCAGGGGCCGUACGGAGCCCAGUGAUAUUGUGGCUUUCUCCAAGUUUCAUGCAUCUGAGAUAGAUGCAGCCAUUGCGAGGGUGAAACUCGUCAUGGAGUCCUGACAACUGUGGGAUAUCCUGGGUGCUCUCGACUUUGUCCGUGGAAUCGGACCUUACUCUCGCUCGGAAUCCAGUGUCGGACCUUCACUGUGUUCGAUUCGAACCUGAUGGGUUGAUAUCGUCCGAAAGAACCUUAAUUUUGGUACAGUGUAGGCGUAUUUAGUAUAAUCUCCAUGGUGGGGACCAAACGUACCACAAGAAAUCGGCUCUGAAAGGCUUGACUACGGCGGCAAGACCUCAUUUCACGAUGAUACCGUGUGUAUCCGCGAUGAAGUGCUAUCCGUCUCUCCAUAUCCAAACGCCCUCGGUGGUGCGUCCUUUUCGGUGAAGCCGAACUCGUACAGGAGCCCGGGGUUGCAUCCAGCACCUCAGUCGGUACUUGGCGUGCCGACCGUGACGGUAGUAGCAUUGUCGCGUCGGGCUGCU